ACGGAUCUGCCCUCAGCAUGAAGACACUCCUGGUUGGGCUCCUGCUUGGCUUGGCAUGCCUGGAAUUGGCCCAGUCCUUACGAUGCUACACGUGCAAGGAGCCCACGGACAUCUCCAAGUGCAGAACAGCCACCGUGUGUCCCCCCAAGACCAACGUGUGCACCACGACCCUGCACUCCGUGGACACGGGGUAUCCCUUUUUUGGGAACAUCACGGUGACCAGGAGCUGUGAGGAGGAAUGUCUGCCCAACAACGGCAUCGGGGACAACAAACCCAAGUCCUGCUGCUACACCGACCUGUGCACCAGCGACACCAGGGCCAGCAGCGGGGUGAGGAGCAGCUCCUCGGCCCUGUCUCUGCUGGUCCUGCUGCUUGGGAAGCUCCUCCAGUGCUCCCUGUAGUGUCCCAAGCCAAAACAUCCCCUCCCCUCUCUCUGCCAAGGGAACUCUUCGAUCCCUUGGGAACGACUCCUCUGCUGCCGCGUGGCUUCACUCGUCUCCUAACGCUGAGAACUCAAGUGGAUUCAAGCCAAGGGUUUGGGCACCUGGAGCUAAACCCCUCAAAUUUCCAGCUUCUAGGUGCCAACCAGAUGUUUCCUCACUUUCAGCUGCUUUUGGUCCAUUUUGGAACUUCUUGGUUCUAUAGAAUCAUGGAAUGGGUUGGGAAGGGACCUCCGAUAUCAUCUCAUUCCAAGCCCCUGCCAUGGGCAGGGACA